AAAUUCCACUUUUUGUUUGAAUGUUGUAAAAGGAAGAAGCAGCCCAGAUUGAUAUAACAUUCAUUACAUCUGGCAAUGGCAGCGAAUCUGAUUCGAUUGGAUUUGCAUUGAAGUAACUUGAGAGAGCCUCCUUCUACUACAGAUCUCUUCUUCUUUGAUCCUCACAACUCUAUUAGCGUCGUCACCAAGUGAAAAUGGGUAAGAAGGAGGAGAGAGCUAGACCACAAAUGUUGUCUGUUUACCUUUAUAUACCUAAUAUUGUUGGGUACAUGAGAGUUCUCUUGAACUGUGUUGCCUUUGCUGUCUGUUUCUCCAACAAAACACUCUUCUCCCUGCUCUACUUCUUUAGCUUUUGUUGUGAUGCUGUGGAUGGCUGGUGCGCUCGUAGAUUCAACCAAGUUUCAACAUUUGGAGCUGUUCUCGACAUGGUGACAGAUAGAGUUAGCACAGCCUGUCUACUCGUGAUUCUCUCUCAAGUCUACAGGCCUAGCUUGGUCUUCCUUUCGUUGCUUGCUUUAGAUAUUGCUAGUCAUUGGCUUCAGAUGUACAGUACGUUUCUAGCAGGGAAGAGCAGCCAUAAGGAUGUCAAAGACAGCACUAGCUGGCUUUUCAGACUCUACUAUGGAAACAGGAUCUUUAUGUGUUACUGUUGUGUUUCUUGCGAGGUUCUGUAUAUCAUCCUCCUCCUCAUUGCAAAGAACCAAACCGAAAAUCUCCUCAAUGUCGUAGUUUCCACUUUAACUCAGAUCUCACCACUCUCUUUUCUAUUGGCUUUGACAUUGUUCGGUUGGUCCAUGAAACAAACAGUCAACAUCAUUCAGAUGAAAACAGCUGCAGAUGUCUGUGUACUGUAUGAUAUAGAGAAGCAGCAGAAGAAACCUUGACAUUUCUUCCUUAUUCUGAACCUGCAACACUUUUUAUGUUUCUUAAUGUCUGUAGAAACAUCUUCCUUUGGUUUUUAAACAAUAUUGAUUUUGCCUUUUGACAUAAUUUCUGUUUGUAAAUAUAAUCUGAUUAUUACAAGUUUGUAUUUCCUCUGUUUCAAAAAGAUUGUAUGUUUUAGAAUUGA